GAGGCUGGAGGAAGAUGGCGGCGGGGGCGAGGUGAGGUGUUGGCAGUGGAAAGGGAUUUGGGCGCCCGGGGCGGCGGAACGCGGAGCGAUGGCCCGCGCCGGUCGCAGGGGUAGAUAAAAAGCCGUCGCGCCGUGGGUGUGGGAGGGAAAUAGGACAGCCUGGCGCCACGAGAGUAUGACGGGGUUGUACGAGCUGGUCUGGCGGGUGCUGCACGCUUUGCUCUGCCUGCACCGCACUCUUCUCUACUGGUUCCGCGUUCGGUUUGGUACCUGGAACUGGAUCUGGCGGCGCUGCCGCCGCGCUGCCUCUGCCGCGGUCCUAGCGCCGCUUGGCUUCACGCUCCGCAAGCCCCAGGUUGUAGGCAGGAACCGCCGUCAGCACCGGCACCCGCGAGGGGGGCCGGGCUCGGGCGCCACCCACCCCCGGCUGCGCUGGGAAGCGGACGGCCGUUCCCUGGAGAAGCUGCCUGUGCACAUGAGCCUGGUGAUCACCGAGGAAGAGCAGGAGACCAGCUUCUCGGACAUCGCAAGCCUCGUGGUGUGGUGUAUGGCAGUGGGCAUCUCCUACAUUAGUGUCUACGACCACCAAGGUAUUUUCAAAAGAAAUAAUUCCAGAUUGAUGGAUGAAAUUUUAAAACAACAGCAGGAACUUCUGGGCUUAGAUUGUUCCAAAUAUUCAACAGAGUUUGCAAAUAGUAAUGACAAAGAUGAUCAAGUUUUAAAUUACCAGUCGGCAGUGAAGGUCCUGUCCCCAGAGGAUGGAAAAGCAGAUAUUGUGCGAGCUGCUCGGGAAUUUUGCCAGUUAGUAGCCCAGCAGCAAAAGAAAUCCACAGAUUUGGAUGUGCAAAUGUUAGACAAUUUACUUAGUUCACAUGGUUUUCCUGAUCCUGAUGUGGUAUUGAAGUUUGGUCCUCUGGAGAGCACAGUAGGCUUUCUUCCCUGGCACAUCAGAUUGACUGAGAUUAUCUCUUUGCCUUCCCACCUGAACAUCAGCUAUGAGGACUUUCUCUCUGCCCUUCGUCAGUAUGCAGCGUGUGAACAGCGUCUGGGAAAGUAACGGUCCCUGGAUGCAUGACUGAUUUCAGGCUUUUGGAGAAAAGGACCCAGUGACUGAUGUUUACAAAGCACCUAUGAAACCCUAUACAAAACUAGUUCAUAAUCCUCAUAAUUUAUCAACAAACAAAAAAGUGUCUUACUUGAGAGUAAGUAUGUGUGAGUAUGUGUGUGUGUGUACGCGUGUGCGUGUGUGUGUGUGUGUGUGGAAAUAAGCAUAAAUGGGAAGUAUUGAAGAAGGAAAUACAUGGACUUGCACCUUUGAGCAAAUAGCAGUCAUGUUAUAAGAACUGACAUUUCAGUUUUAAAGGCUUCGGCCCCAGCUACUUUCCUGUUUUGUAGGGAGAUGAGUGGAUGCUUAGAGCUGUUAGAUUGUUGUUUGGGGAGGGAAGGGAAUACUUUUUUUUUCCUCAGUCUUUCCUGGUGACCAAACUUUAAUUUUUAUGAGUAAUAUAUUGAUUUAUUAAAUGGAAGCAUUUGAGUGUGAGGGAUUUCCAGAGGAAUGGAGUUCUUUAUUGCUUACAGGUUAAAACCUUGCCCACCGUUGAAGCAGAAGGAAUACCUGUUUUCAUCUAUCCGUCCAUUUUCAUCUCAUCAUUAUUGUCAAACAAUGUGACUGGAGAGUGUUGAUCCGGUGUCUUUGUUCUGGGUUGUGAAAAUCACUUGAAAAAGAACUCUUACAUUGAAAUGCAGAAUUUUAAAAACAUGUAUUAGGCAGUUUUGGGCAGUCCAAAAAAAGGGUGAAGAAUUUGUAAUCUGAAAAGUAAAGGUGGAAAGUUUCAUGAAAAAGGAAAGAAAGUUUGGAUUUUGGUUUUUUUGUUUUUAAUUUUUUUUUCCUUUAUUGGUUUUCAGAGAAGAAGGGAGGGGGAAGA